AUCCGGGCAACUGAGCGCUCGGGGCCUUUUCAAAUCGGGAUCCGUUACCGCUUCCCCGGCUGCCGCCAUUGUCGCGCUCGGAGCCCCUCAGCGCAGGCGGCCGAGGCGGAGGCAGCGGCGGCGGGAUGGCGGAUGCCGACAAGGCCGAGGUGGCUGGGGCGGUUGGCGACGACAGCCUGCCCCAGCAGCCCGCGGAGCCGCCGGGCGAGCCCCGGCGAGAACCGCACCCCCCGGAGCCGGAGAAGCAGCAGCCGCCGCACAGCAGCAGCUCCAAUGGCGUUAAAAUGGAGAAUGAUGACUCAGUGAAAGAAGAGAAAUCUGACUUAAAAGAAAAAUCUACAGGAAAUAAGAAGGCCAAUAGAUUUCAUCCUUAUUCAAAAGACAAGAAUUCCAGCACUGGAGAAAAGAAGGGUCCAAAUCGUAACAGAGUUUUCAUUAGUAACAUCCCGUAUGACAUGAAAUGGCAAGCUAUUAAAGAUCUAAUGAGAGAAAAAGUUGGUGAGGUUACAUACGUGGAGCUCUUUAAGGAUGCGGAAGGAAAAUCAAGGGGUUGUGGUGUUGUUGAAUUCAAAGAUGAAGAAUUUGUAAAGAAAGCACUAGAAACUAUGAAUAAAUAUGAUCUUAGUGGAAGACCUCUAAAUAUCAAAGAGGAUCCUGACGGAGAAAAUGCUCGUAGGGCGUUGCAACGAACAGGAGGAUCAUUUCCAGGAGGACAUGUCUCAGAUAUGGGAUCGGGGUUGAUGAAUUUACCACCUUCCAUUCUCAAUAAUCCAAAUAUUCCUCCUGAGGUUAUCAGUAAUUUGCAGGCUGGUAGACUUGGUUCCACAAUUUUUGUUGCUAAUCUUGACUUCAAAGUUGGUUGGAAGAAGCUAAAGGAAGUGUUCAGCAUAGCUGGAACGGUAAAGCGGGCAGAUAUUAAAGAAGACAAAGAUGGCAAGAGCAGAGGAAUGGGCACUGUCACUUUUGAGCAAGCAAUUGAAGCAGUUCAAGCAAUUUCUAUGUUCAAUGGGCAAUUUUUAUUUGAUAGACCUAUGCAUGUGAAAAUGGAUGACAAGUCUGUCCCUCAUGAAGACUACCGUUCACAUGAUAGUAAAACACCACAAUUACCACGUGGUCUUGGAGGCAUUGGAAUGGGACUUGGUCCAGGGGGACAGCCUAUUAGUGCCAGCCAGUUGAACAUAGGUGGUGUCAUGGGAAAUUUAGGUCCCAGUGGUAUGGGAAUGGAUGGUCCAGGUUUUGGAGGCAUGAAUAGAAUUGGAGGAGGAAUUGGGUUUGGUGGUCUAGAAGCAAUGAAUAGCAUGGGAGGAUUUGGAGGAGUUGGCCGAAUGGGAGAACUGUACCGUGGCGCGAUGACUAGUAGCAUGGAGCGAGAUUUUGGACGUGGUGAUAUUGGAAUAAAUCGAGGCUUUGGAGAUUCCUUUGGUAGACUUGGCAGUGCAAUGAUUGGAGGGUUUGCAGGAAGAAUAGGAGCUUCUAACAUGGGUCCAGUAGGAUCUGGAAUAAGUGGUGGAAUGGGUGGCAUGAGCAGUGUGACUGGAGGAAUGGGGAUGGGACUAGACCGGAUGAGCUCCAGCUUUGAUAGAAUGGGACCAGGUAUAGGAGCUCUACUGGAAAGGAGCAUCGAUGUGGAUCGAGGAUUUUUAUCGGGCCCAAUGGGAAGCGGAAUGAGAGACAGAAUAGGCUCCAAAGGCAACCAGAUUUUUGUCAGAAAUCUACCUUUUGACUUGACUUGGCAGAAACUAAAAGAGAAAUUCAGUCAGUGUGGUCAUGUAAUGUUUGCAGAAAUAAAAAUGGAAAAUGGAAAGUCAAAAGGCUGUGGAACGGUCAGAUUUGACUCCCCAGAAUCAGCUGAAAAAGCCUGCAGAAUAAUGAAUGGAAUAAAAAUCAGUGGCAGAGAAAUUGAUGUUCGCUUGGAUCGUAAUGCAUAAUUUCAAACGAGGGCUGGAACAUUCCUACAUCUGUUUUGCCGAAUCUUCUAGUAAAAGUCAUUUUUUAAGUAAUACUGUAUGCUUACAAAAGCUGUAAAAAUGAACUUUAAAUUCCCACCAGCUUUUAACAAGAUAAUGUUAAAAAAUACUGUGAUUUUUGUUAAUCUCCAGUUUGGGUUUUUAAAGGACAGCAAGUCUGGUCAUUCAGUUUAAAUGAAUGGUUAUACUGUUUUUAAUUAAAUAAGUCAUUUUCUUGUUGUUUCAAGUACUACAUAGUGGGAUUUAUUUGUUCUAGUUUCUCCGAAUUUUAUCAACUUAUUGUAAGGUAACGUGUAGAUGGUUGUUUCAAAAUUUCUGCUUUAUAAUAUGUAAUUGUCCAUGAAAUGAAAGGGCUCAGACAAAAUUAGGAUGUGAUUUUUGUUGGUUUUAAAUUACUUUUCUUUUGAGGAAAAAGAAUUACUGUAAGUAAGGUUUAGAUUCUAAAGUUCAUGGUGUUUUUUAUUUGACUUAAAUGAAGAAAUGAAUUUUUCAUUCUCUGUUCUUUGGAACCAUUUACAUUUUCCACAUAACACUAUUAAUAAUAUCAACCUCCACAGCCCCUUAUUUUAUUGUUUCCAAUAAUUCCAAGUUCAUAUAGAACUGACAAUAUAGCAAGCCCCAAGUAUAAUACUAGGCAGACAACUCCUAAUUUUCUAUCUAGUUUCCACCCAUUGAAGUGAAUUGCUAAAAAAAGAAAAAUAAUUGAAAUGUUGAGAGAGAUGGUUAUGUAAGUUAGUCCUCUGCUGUUCACCUCAACAGGAGUUAAUGGAUUUAUAAACACAGUUUUAAUAAACCAUGGAACACCUAGGCAUAGCAUAUCAAACACAUUGGAUCCCACGAUGUUAGACAUAGCCAUAUCUCCUUGACCUGCAAAAGAAGCAUGUUGUCAAAAUGUGCAUACCAAUGCUGUAUUUUAUUAAUAAUCUUCAUAAGAAAAGAACACUGGAUGCUCUUUGUUGUUGAUUGCUUUUGGAAAGUUGUUAUUAGAGCAAAAGUCUUAAUUUGUAAUUUAAAAUUUUUCUUGGGUUAGUAUUUAAAGUCUUAACAUUUAUUUAAUAAUUAUUUAUUAAACCAUUUUUUUCAUAAGUAUGUAGCUUACUCAUUGCUUUUCAUCCUAAUUUACCAUGGUUAGUUAUUUAACACACAUUUCAGAUGACUUCUUGGGGGAUUAGAACGAGUGAAAUCAACCUGCUAUUAAAUAGUAUACUUCAGCUACUUUUUUUUUCAUUCAAAGUAUGUUACUGAGGGAGAAAUAUUUUGAAAGCUACCUUUACAUAGUGUAUUUCAGUCAGGCUUGAAGAAUGGGCUUUGCAGACUGAGGGUCCUAGAUCUUACCUUUUCUUGCAACCAACACACUUGCAACUGUGUCUGGUAUGCUUGUUCCUGCUGCUAAUAAAGUGAGGCCCAUUACUGUGUCUGGAAUUUCUAGUGUUUCUCCUACAAUAAACAUAGAUAUUAUAAGUUAUGAAUCUUAAAGAUCCAGUUAACACUCUCUGCAGGUAUUUUAGAUGUUUUUUUCCUUGAAUAAAAAUGAAGUAAGCAGUUAGGUUUCAGACUAAGCCAAAUAAUUUGAAUCAGGUUGGAAAUUUGGGGAACCCAGGUAGCUCAGAUUUUUAAUGACAAGUAUGUAAAAGCAAAAAUUCUACCCCCGAAAAAGUCCCCCUAUUUGUAUCUUUAGUGAAUUUAUAAUUGCUGUUUUCAGGGCUGUUGCUUAGUAGAUGCUAAUGACAGGUCAUCUCCUCGUGUGAAAUUUAGGUAGAAUUAAAUUAUUUCUAGUAUUUUUAAAGCUAUAAUUGUAUUAACAUGUACACUUUUUUUUUAAGUCCUACCUUAGUAACACACCUUAAUUUACUGUUUCUUUGGCAAAGUCCAUAAAUCUUUGAGGAAAACAUGACCUAUUUGUUUUCUAUUUGAGCCUUUUUAACAUAUGGUCCCAAUUUAUUAAUACUUUUGUUUAAUUUGAUGUCUGUUCAACAUUUUUCAGAAAUGUAUUCAUUAUGGGAAACAGAACCAGAGGAAGGUUAAAAAAAAAAAAAAAAGGACAUGUAACUACUCUUUUAAUGUUGUAAUUGGUAACUUGAUUUAGAAUCCUUCCAUUUUUCUUUCCUUUAUUUUUCUUAAACUGUCAAAAGAACUUAAUUAGAAUGUAGCUUACUUAUUGCAUGCUUCUCUGUUGAUACUGGAAUUGGUUGUUAAUUUUUGUUACUUUGCUAGAGUUCAUAUGGACAUAAAUAACACUAAUACUUAUCAUCUUGGGGGCUGUUCUGUGAUCUAUUGCUUGACUUUGCUCUCUUCAUAUUUUCCUGGUAUCAAAUGUGUUCUGACUUAAAGUUAGGAUAGAUUUAACAUGCAAACUAAUGGGAUUUCAAAAACAUCUUCCUCACCAAAAAAAUGCAAAAAGAAAAAGAUAUUGUGUUCUUUGGUAGCAAACUAUUGAAAUGCUUAUGUUUUAAUUUGGGAAAAGUUAGGGUUAGCAAAUUUCUUUUUUGUGUAUGAAGGACCAGAUAGUAAUUAUUUAGGCUUAAUAGGCUUUAUAGCCUCUUUUGCAGUUACUCAGCUCUGCCAAUGCAGUGUGAAAGCAGUCAUAGAUAAUAUGUAAAUCAGUGGGCCUAUGUGUGCAGUAAAAUUUCAAUAUUAAAAAUAGGCCAGGUGAUUUGGGCACACAAGCCAUAGUUUGUUUAUUUCAUGUAAGUCAAUGUAGCUUAAUCUUUUUGGGAGAAAUUUCUGAUUUUUUUGCCUAUAUUUGAUUUUUCAGUUGGGGAAUAGAGUGCAUAAUAGCUAGGCCGUAUAGUUAAAUUUUAGCCAUGCACAUAGUAGAAAUCUAAAGUGAAACUUUACUUUAAACCCUUUUUACUCAUAAUAUACCCUGUUUAUAUUGCUGUAUUGAAAAGCAAAAUAGAGUACAACCAGUUAAACAGUGAGCACACAUUGUUUUCCUAAAACACUGAUUCCCUGUCUAUUUUUCACAAUUCAAUAUAAAGAAUCUAUUGUGGACUCCCAUGCAAUGUGAUUUAAUUAUUCAUAUUAGCAUAAAGGAAGCCAUCCUGUGAAUUUAAUUCCAUUUAUAAGGUGAUCCCUUGAAUUAUACCCUAGUCUGUAUAAUAGUGAGAAUACAGCUGAUAUGUAAUAUGCAACUGAAAAAUCUUGUUAUAUUAAUAUUUAAUCUUUUUGUAAAUAGUCCUAAUCUUUAGGCUUGCUGAAAAAAUUUGCUCCCUAGCUAUGUUAUUUUAAGAACAUAUGCAAUUUUUUCUUAUAAAAUUAUUUUAUUUUUAAAUUAUACUAUUGUAUUUUAAAUACAUACCUGUUAUUGUGACCAUCCAAACCAGUAUAUAUGUAAAUGCAGAUAUCCAUAGUGCUGACAUGAGAAAGGUUAUCAUAAAGUAGUUUCUCCAAAAUUUUCUUCUACAAUCUGGUGUGGUUAGAAAAAGUAAUGUAAUAAUAGGAAGUGAUAAUACCCAAAAAAUUCUUUUUACGUCUGCUUCAGGCAUGCUGAAAACACUUGGUGGAUCUGUUGUAAAAAAAAAAUAAACAAUUUUGAGUUUUCUCAAAUGGCCGAUUAAGUUAGAACUGCCCAUUUAGAUGUAAUAUUGAAAUAAAUUAGCUGUAUCAGUUUUUAAAAGGCUAUUUAAAACAUUUGAAUGUGUCAUUACUGAUAUUGCUGGCAAAAAGAAGCUAAUUGAAACUCCAGGGCAGUAAGACUUAACACUCAGCAUUUCUUGACUUGGGGCUUUCAAUCCAUCAUACUGUCUUGGACCAUUCACUAAGUAUGUUAUUGUGUUUAUGGAGUGACAAUUUGAAAUCUCUUGGUUUUCUGCACCGUGGAUUGGUUUCAGUAACUUUGUGCUUAUGCAAUUAACCUGGUUUCUGCCCCAACUAUUCCAGUUGCCUCCGCUUUCCAAUACUGAUGAUGCUUCCGGCCUGCUUUAUGUAUCUGACAAUACAUACUUAGAAAUUAUAAAAUAAUUACAGCACAAUCUUUUUAUAAAGUUGCACAUUCCUUGCAAAUUCUUAUUGUGAUUUUUUUGGCCUAUUUCUUUGAUUCUUUUUAUUUACUAAAUUCACACUUAAUGAUUUUUAGAAAAAAUCUUAAAAAAAUAGACUUAGGAUACCAUCUAUAAUCCAGUUUAUAAAACUUGGUUGUCUUAUUCAGUUUGUUUUAAGUUAGUGGAAGACUAGUAUAACAACAUACUGGACAAAAAUGAGGGUUCACUUUAAAAUUGUUUGAAAUUUGUAUGACAUUUACAAAUAACAUGAGUCACACUACAGCUAAUUGCAGUAAAAAUAAACUUUUUAUAAAAAAGGUUGCCAAGCCUCAAUCAGUGUACCAUUAAGUAAUAUUAGAUAUAUUUUUAAUGUAAUACAAGACUUGGACUGGCUCUUUCGAGUGUCUUGUUAUAAAACUUAAGAGAUGCUGGCCCCUAAAACCUGAAAAACUAGAAGCUAUAAGAUGUGUAACAAUGGAAAAAAGUCCUGAUUAAAUUGCUGUAAGUAGUGAAUUAGAAUAAUUUCCCUUCCCAAUGCACAUAACUAAAGCUAGAAUCUAUUUUAUAGGAUCAUUUAUCAAAAAGGAACAUAUAAAAUUAUAUUUCUGGCUGUAGCUGAAUUUGACUUUCUACAGAACAUACUUAAAUAAGUAUUUUGCUGUUGCUUUAAACAUGUCUAAAUCUCACUGGUUUUCUUCUUUCCUUGAAACCAGCCCCUUUGCCUAAAUUCCCAGUUUUUAUGUUAUUUUCCCAUUUUCUCAAUCAAGAUCAAAGCACUGGGGUUGUAUUUGCUCUUUUUUCUGGCUGAAUAUUGUUCCUCAGUUGCUAAGUCUUGAUUCUUUCUCUGUAUUUUCUCACAUCUGUUCUAUUUCAUUCACACUGUCUUCAUUUUGUCUAGACAUCUAGUCAGCUUGUCAGCUGUAAUAAUUUAGUGCUUCUGUGAACAACAUUUCAAGGAACUAUUUCUGAAGUACAAAUCUCCUAAUUUCCAUCCUCACUAAUCUUCCAAGUUUAUUACAGUAGCAUUAAAAACUCUUCCUGCUUUCCUCUGCUCCCUUACAAUAUUUAUAAUCAUACAGGUUGAGCAUCCCUAAUCCAAAAUCAGAAAUACCACCAAGUCUGAAACUUUUUGAGUACUGGCAUGACACCACAAGUGGGAAAUUCCAAUCUGACCUCAUGUGAUGGGUCAAAGUCAAAACACAGGCACAAUAAAAUUAUUAUAUAGAAUUGCCUUCUGUGCAUAAGACAUACAUGAGACAAAUGCAUUUUAUUUAGACUUCGAUCCUAUCCAUUAGAUACCACAAUAGGUAUAUGCAAAUCUUUCCAAAUCCCCAAAUAUUUCUGAUCCCAAGCAUUUCGGGUAAUGGAUACUCUGCUGUGCUCCAGUUAAGCUACUACAUGAACAAGUCUUUGGCUUAUGGUGUUUUCUGGGCUUCAAUUCAUAGAAUAUACUCUUAGCUCUGCGUCAUUUAUGUAAUAAAGAUUUCACUAGCUGUUUACUAUCCGGUAUAACAUCUCCUUAUAGUUAAAAUCUUACCUGUUCUCUUUUCUGUAAAAUCAUCCUUAUCAAGUUUUAUACCAUCUGUCCCAUUUAUGAACUACAGUUAUAUUUUAUUUCUGGAUCUCUUUAUAGUACUUAGACCUUAACAUUUUAGUUUUUUUCCCUUGCCAUACCAGAAGCACCUUAAGGAUAGAGGCUCUUUCUUUAAUAUCCGCAUCCCCAGUGUCUUUUACAUAAUAAAUCGUAGUGAGUAUCAGUACUUGCUGAAUUGAAGUGGGAUUCUUUUUUUUUUUUUCCUCCCAAGAAACCUUUUAUUUAAUGAGUACAAAUUUCCUAAGUACAACUUUAGGAAUAUAGUGAUUCUUCCCACCAUACCCUCCUUCCUACCCCCAACUGAAGUGGAAUUCUGAACGUUUCAAAUGAAUAGACUUAAUAAUAUGAUAUAGUUAGUACCUUCAGAACCCUGACUGAGACCAUGUAGACUUAUGGAAAGCUGGGAAUAGCCAGAAUCUUCAUGAAAAAUUCCACUAUCAGUUCUUGAUUGCCGACGACUGAAUGGUUGACCUUCCUCUUCCCAUCCCAUCAGUGGCUGCUGUUCAGUUCUCUCCUCCAUAGCUUUAGCAAGACAGGUGCAGCAAGAACUGCAUUUCUUUACUAUAUAUUGGUUAAUUUUAUUGUCAAAACACAGCACCAAAACAUACAAUCCAUAUAUCAAAAGGAGUAAAGUCCCUUCAUACCUAUAAAUUAAAGAGAGAUUUGUGUUUUUCAGUUAGCAAAAUUCAUUUUAGAGUUAAUAGCUUUUAGGCAGCAUCUGCUUAAUAAUUUUCUAAUAAAGACAUUAAAACAAUCAAAUGAAGACUUCUACAUAUUUGUGUUUUGUAGACUUGUCCAAACUUGAGUAUAACAUUGUCAGUUUCUUAAAAGACUGAUACUUCUUUCUUUAUAAAAUAUUAUAAAUUAAUUAUCUUCAUUUGUAGAUUCCUUCCAAAUGGCAGGCAUAAGACUGCCUUGAAAGUAAUCAUUGGAGGUUUUCAAAAUAAAACUAAUGAAUAGUGAUGGCAUUUGCCACCUCAGUUCACUGGCAUAAUUAGUGCCCAAAACUAUGUGAUAGUUAGAAAAAGAAUGUAGUAUCUAUUCACUCACUUUCCAAUAUGGAAUUUUUUAAUAAAAUAUUCAGAAUGUGUUAGAUUUUGUCUGGGGCCUUUCAGUUUUCUAUGUAGAGAUUUUUGGGUGAUUUUAAUAUAGGUGCAUUUGCUUGCAUUCACAGGAGAAAUACAGUUGCCUCUAAAAUUACCCCUUAGGCAUCAAGAACUACUUCCCAGUAUUCUGCUUUCCUACUUAAAGAACUGUAAUUAGCUAACACAAGAUCCCUAAUUCUUGCAUUUACCUUUUAUUAAUAGCCAGUAAAUCUCUACUACAACUGAAAGAACAGAGUUCCUGAUUUUCCUAGUGGAGGAAGCAUUAGCUUGGAUACUUUGACUGUUACAGUCCCUGACAGACAACUGAUGAAUUCCAGAAGGAUUCCUGCUAUACCAAUACAAUAUUUUUUUUUUUUGGAAGACCGACUGCAUGUCAGGGAGAUUGAUUUUAAAAUUCCCUGUGCUAGAUUUUAUUUCUUGAUAGCAGGUAUGAUGCAGUGCUGUUAAGUUGUAGUGUUCCAACAUGCACAUUUACAUUGUUUUCAUGUCCUGGAAGUUCCUAUGAUGCCUAACAUAGUCAUAAAUACCUAGUGGAUGCCUGGUGCUUACUAGUUGAAAAGGUUUAUCCACUCACUCUUUUUUCAUUUUCUUGUACAAAUUGGGCAUAGGGAGAUUAUGGGAAAGCAAACAAAUUUUAAUAGUGAUGAUUAAAUAUUAUUGGUUCUUAAAGAAGGCUACAGUAACUCCUGCUAACCAAGAAACAGAAGUAUUUGGAGGGAUUUAAUGGGAAUUCUUUUACUUCCUCCAUCAUCUUUUUCCAAUAUUUUGUGACCAUGACCACUUAUCAUCAAAGCAAGGUAAGCAAUAGCCCAGUAAAAGAAAGAAAACAAACAAGAAAACCAAACAACUCUUUGGGCUUUAAUGGACAACAAAAGUUGGCAAAUUCUGAAUAGGCAGCCAGGAUGGAAGGACAAGUGUUAGUCUCCAGUGACCAGUGAGAAAGACGAGAAGCUGGGAGGUGACUAGAAAGAAAUCACUAAGUUGUGAGAAGAACCCAACAAGUGAUUGUGAUGAGGAAGUUGCUUCAGAGACCCCUUGGAAUAUGGUGUAGAAGUAGUAACAUUUCUGGAACAAAAAAUACUGAACCAUCAAUUUAGUAAAGUCCUCUCUAAUUGUUUUACAUAAGAGUAAAAUUAUUUCUUUUUUUAUUUCUUUUUUUAUUUAGUAAAUAUAAAUUUUCAAAGUUCAGUUAAUGGAUUACAAUGGCUUCCCCCCCCAUAAUUUCCCUCCCACUCACAUCCCUCCCAUCUCCCACUCCCUCUCCCAUUCCAUUCACAUCAAGAUUCAUUUUCAAUUAUCUUUAUAUACAGAAGAUCAAUUCAGUAUAAAGUAAAGAUUUCAUCAGUUUGCACCCACACAGAAACACAAAGUGUAAAAUACUGUUUCAGUACUAGUUAUAGCAUUAAUUCACAUUGAACAACACAUUAAGGACAGAUCCCACAUGAGAAGUAAGUACACAGUGACUCCUGUUGUUGACUUAACAAUUUGACACUCUUGUUUAUGGCGUCAGUAAUCUCCCUAGGCUCUAGUCAUGAGUUGCCAAGGCUAUGGAAGCCUUUUGAGUUCGCCGAUUUCGAUCUUAUUCCGACAGGGUCAUAGUCAAAGUGGAAAUUCUCUCCUCCCUUCAGAGAAAGGUACCUCCUUCUUUGAUGGCCCGUUCUUUCUACUGGGAUCUCACUCGCAGAGAUCUUCCAUUUAGGUCUUCUUCUUCUUUUUUUUUUUUUUUUCCCAGGGUGUCUUGGCUUUCCAUGCCUAAAAUACUCUCGUGGGCUCUUCAGCCAUAUCCGAAUGCCUUAAGGGCUGAUUCUGAAGCCAGAGUGCUAUUUAGGACAUCUGCCAUUCUAUGAGUCUACUGUGUAUCCCGCUUCCCAUGAUGAAUCGUUCUCUCCCUUUUUGAUUCUAUCAGCUAGUAUUAGCAGACACUAGUCUUGUUUGUGUGAUCCCUUUGACUCUUAGACCUAUCAGUGUGAUCAAUUGUGAACAGAAAUUGAUCACUGGGACUAGUGAGAUGGCAUUGGUACAUGCCACCUUGAUGGGAUUGUAUUGGGAUACCCUGGCAUGAUUCCAACUCCACCAUUUGGGGCAAGUCCGAUUGAGCAUGUCCCAAAUUGUACAUCUCCUCCCUCUCUUAUUCCCACUCUUAUAAGAGCACCAAAGGGGAAACCUGUUGAAGUGAAAUGGACACUAUGAGAAACAGUGACUUGAUCAGCUCUUGUCCUGACUGUUGAUGUACAAUGUAAUACUUUAUCCAUUUUAGUAUUUUCUCUUUGUUUUGUUCUAGUACUAUUGGUUGAACUAGGUGAUUAACACACAAUUAUUCUUAGGUUUUUAAAUUUUAACUGAAUAGAGUAAAAUUAUUUCAACUUACCAGUAAACUUGGUUGUCAAAUAUUAUGCCAAAAAUUGCUGCUACACUGAUGGCAUAUGCUGCACAGUCUCUGAAUAGGGGCCAACAUGAUAGUGUUGAAACCUGUAAGAUGACAGUUUACUGUUUGCAUUACAGGGUGAGUCAUUCAAGUACAAUGCUUAGUACAAUACUAAAAUUGUAUGUUUGUAGUUAAAUAUUGUUACCUUUUUCAUAUUGCUUAAAGAAAAAAGAAAAUUGUGUUUCUGAACCUAUGUUGACUUUCAUAAAUUUGACAAAGAGCUGUUAGUGGGUUAACCUUUAAAUUGAAUACAUGUUGUUUUUCUACUAAUUAAUAAAUUUGAUUGAACAUG